CAACCGGAAAUGAUACCUACAAGCAGAGAGUCAAAAUUAAUUUGUUUUCAAUAGUUCAAGCAAAUGGCUUAUCGGCAAGAAACACGGUAAAAAUUAAUACUACGCAGACACAUGAUUGGAAUGACAGAAAUGAGACCUAUAAAUAUGUCUACCUUUUUUUGGAAGUACACAGAAGUAGUUGCGAUUGCAGAAUUUGCCAGACAUUUCGCGGCUAACAACUAAAUAUCGUCUUAGUGAUUAACAAGGCAGCAAGGACAAAGGAUCACCAAGAGUUCAAAUAAUGGCGAGUGAAACGGCAAAAAUAUUGCUCGCACUUUUCGGUCUCUUGAUCGUUUGUGCCGAUUCGGUUACGGCGGUUUACAACAUGACUCAAACGUGUGCUUACUACCCUGAAGGUUACAUUGCCAAUCCAUCUGAUUGCCAGGCUUGGGGCUAUUGCAAAGGUGGGUUAUUGAUAGCCGAAGGAAAGUGUGGAACUGGCAUGUUAUACGAUUCAGAAAAAGGUAUAUGCAACUACGCCAGCCAAGUACAGUGCAAGACUAGUCUGGUCGAUAUAUGCAAAAAUUUGCAGGAUGCUGGGCACAUUGCUGAUCCUAAUGACUGCUCAUCAUAUUGCUAUUGCUCAAAUCAAACGUUAGUCGGCUGUGCCUCAUGUCCCACAAAUCAGUUGUACAAUCCGACACUCGGACAAUGCAACUACGAUUAUCAAUGCCCAACUGAUUCUGUUUGUCGUUUGGUGAAAAAUAAUGCUUUUGUUGGCGCACCCACGUGCGGUAAAUACAUUCGUUGUCUGGAUGGUACUGGAGACGAAGCAUCUUGUGCUAACAACUACUACUUUAAUCGCUUAACAGGAUACUGUGAAAAGACUAAUUCAUGUGAUAGCAGCAGCCCUGCUUCGUCAACUCAAACUACACUCGCACCCGAUGCAUCCAUAUGCUCAACGUCUUACACAGUCACUAGCGGAGAGCAGUACAUUUCCGACGGCAAAACGUGUUUCGGUUAUUAUUCGUGCAGUAGUAAAUCGGGUUCAGGUAGCUGGAGAGCAUGUCCAUACACAAUGGAGUUUGAUUCAACAACAAGUACAUGCGUCCAAGCUAAUCAAAACGUCUGUUUACUAAAUCGUUGCGAAAAUAUUAAUCUUCAAUUCGUGACUGCACCAAAUACAGAGUGCAAAUCGUAUUACAUUUGCAAUGGCAGCCAACAAAGUGCAACAGCAACGGCCUGUAAAUCACCAUAUUCAUAUUUCGAUGAAGUAAUUCAAAAAUGUACUGAUGUUGCCCCUAGUUACCCGAUAUGCAAAAGUUAAGAAAUGAAUAAACCAAAUCAUGUUCCUGAAUUUUAAGAGAAAGAAAUAAAUAACGAAUAAU